GGCAUGGGGGAAAAGAGGAGAUUGUAUUAUUUGUUGGGUCUUCGUCGGUGAUAAUAACGCUUCUUUUGUAGAAGCUUCCCCACUCCAUUUAACCGCUCCCUUCUUUCUCUCUCUCUCUCUCUUCUCCACCUUCCUUUUCUUCUUCGUCUCCAAAUUUGCAGAUUCAUCAGUUAUUGUCCACGCCUUUUCUUUUGUUUUCUUCCUCUGGCAGUGUGCGAGAACGACAUUUUUCUUCUUCAUUUUCUUUUCCAUUACAACAUUCCAUCUCUGCAACUCUGCUUCUUCGUUCGAUCCCCCACACCUGUCGCUUUGCUUUUUGUUUUUGUGUUUGUUAUUUUCUCUCUGCCCUCUGAUUUUCAAAACCCAAUUGGUUGAUUCUCAAUUUUCAACCAUUUCUUUCCAAACCCAUAUGAUUCCCCCUGCCAUUUCUGACUGAAAUUCUCUCUACAACUCUAUUGCCCACCAUGUGUUCGACAAAAUGCCCACCUGGGAUUUCACUGUCAAAUGAUCUUGUCCUCUCAGAGAUUUUGCCCAUCCAGCCACGUGAAUCUUCUGAAUUUGAGUUUUGUGUCAGCGGAUGCUUUGAGUAUGAAUCUUCUUCUGCUGAUGAGCUCUUCUUCAAUGGCGUCAUCAUUCCCACUCAGAAUCAUCACAGGUUUGUGCACAGUAAACGAAGCCAUCAACAUGACAGUCCAAUUUUACCUUCCUCACUUCCUCCUCUUCCUCCUGUUGUAGCAACAGAGAAUUCAAAGAAAGAGAAUACAGAGGAAUUAGUUCAUGGGGUGAAUUCUGAGUUUGAGAAGAAGACUCGGUCCAAAUCUUUCUGGGGGUUUCGGAGGAGUAAUAGUGUUACAUAUGACAGUAGAAAGACUUCAUUUUGCUCGCUACCACUUUUAUCAAGAAGCAAUUCUACUGGUUCAGUGCAAAACCCAAAACGAACACCAUUGAAGGAUGUGAAAAGCCACAAUCCUGUUCUGCAGAAACAACAUUCAGUUUCAGAAGGCAAUUCCAAAUCCUCAUUUUUUACAUCUCCAUUUUCAAACUCUGCUGCAAAUUCAUAUUCCAAACUCCAAAAGGCUCAGAAGAAGAACCAGGGAGGGUUUUAUGGGAAGGGGAACAAUCUCUCUGUGAAUCCCAUUUUGAAUGUACCACCUCCUUACAUCACCAAAGAAACUGCAAACAUCUUUGGGUUGAGUUCUUUUUUACGUGGAGGCAAAGAAAAGAAGAGCAGAAAGUAAUUUUUCUUCUUUUCUUUUUGUUAUGCUUUUUGGUAACUGAAUUCAUUACACAAAGGCUAGAUUUCUCAAAGCCUACUUGCCAUAUGAUAUGUGAACUGAAAGAGAUAAGGUGGAUUUUGUUUGGAGGGUGUGGCAUUCUCUUGCAUAUGAACAUGUCAAAACCUUGGGAGACAGAGAAACAGCAGCACCUUCCUAAGUUGGCUCUGCCAUUCUUGUUCAUACUCUCUCUCUCUCUCUCUCUCUCUCUGAAAAGAUCAUUUUUUUAGUGUCUUUUUUAUCUGUGUUUACAGCUAAUGAUCAAAAACUUUUGAUGGGUGUCUUUUUUUGGAUGCCUUUUUUCUCCUAAGAUGGGACAAGAUUGAGUGUGUGAAGCAGAUAGGAAAUUCAAAAUCUAAAGAAAAGCAAGCUGCCUUUUUCUGGUUUUGGUUUGGAGAUUUCUCAUUUGAAAAAUGGCUGGUUUUAGCUUUUAGACACCCAAGAAAUUAAAGUUGAUCAAAUUGGGGUGGGCUAUUUUUGAAUGAUGGUUGUUUGUUCUCUGUUGGUUUGAUUUGUGAAAGGUUUUGAAGAUGGGACCAUUACUCAGGAUGCUUACACUGUCAUGCAAGAACUGACAAACCUUCCUACCUAAAACUAAACCUACCUUUCUUGUUUUUGAAAUAUACUUUAUGCAUCAUGGUCUCUCUCCAUCUUUUUGCAGCUCAUUUAAGGAGGUAGUUGGCCCAAAUUUCAAGUGAUGGAGUGGGUUAAUUUUGCUAACUCAUUUGAAGUUCUAAUUAUAAUAGUUGGUUUUCAAUUAUUAUAAUCUAUCAUUCAUUAUAUUAUUACUAUUCCAAAUCCUUCUUUAUUAUAGUGUUUACUAUUUGUUAAUAUAAUAAUCACUUAUUAUAAUAACCUCUUAGUAUUCUAAUCAAUUUGUUAUAGUUUGUUGCAUAGCAAAACUCCUUUUUAUUUAUAUUUUUUAAAACUCUUUAAGAUUUUUUUUUAUGCGUGUAGUUAAGAUGAACUCCAAAAAGAUGAAUACAGUCAACCCAAAAUUGCUCUUCUUUUUCUCACUUCCCAUAUUUUGGCCUUUACCCAUAUUUCCGGGAUAAUGUGGAGCCGUGAACGAUUGAUUUUUUUAUUUUUUUAUUUUUUUUUAAAUUUUAAAAAACACUAUAUUCAAAUAAUGUUGAUGUCAUUCUUACCCCCAAAGUUUAUAUUUUUAAAUAAAUUGCAUUUCUGUCUCUAUCGUAGGGAUAUAUUAUAAACAAAGCCAAGAUUUUCUUAAUGUCUUCUUAAAUUUGAUCCUCUUGUUAUGGUUGAAAUGAUGGGGUCUGUCUUCUGGUAAAAAGGUACACGUUUCAUGUUUUACCACUUUACCCCAAUUUAUCAUUUCCCUCCACAAACAAGUGAAUCUUUUAUUCUCCUUUUCAAUAGUCCAAUAAUUGUGUUAUGGAAGAUCGAACAUUCGAAUCUUUGAUAUAAUAAUUAAUGUCUUAUUUACUAAAUAAUGCUCGAAUUGACAACUAGUGAUAACAAAUAACAUCUCUUUUGCGAUAAUUUCAUCUUUGUUUGGUCAUGUGAUUCAUGUCUAUCAUUAAACCUCAAACUUUUUUUUUCUUUUCGAAAAAGUAAUAUAUUAUUUUUAAUAUAUAUACUAUAAAAAUGCUAAAUUAUAAGUCUCAAAUGUCCGUCUGACAGAUCAAACUACAAGUAGCAUACAUUAAGUCUUAUACUUUUAAUUUUAUGCCUUCUAGGUCAACCAGUUAAAAAAAUCUAAUAUAUAAAAGAAAAAAACUUACUAAACGCUAAAUUCAAAAUUAAAAUAAAAAAUUAUUAAAUUCAAAACUAUAUUAGAUACAAAAACUUAUUGGAUAACUUUUUAAAGUUAUGGAAGCUUUGAUAUGUAACUAAACCGAGAGAAGGUCAUUUUUAGCGAGAAACUAACUAUUGUAGUUUUGAGAUAGCAUUCAGAAUAAGUCUUCCACACAACAAAGAUGAAGAUGCAUUUAUUGCGUCAAAUGCUUUCCAAUCUCUACUUCUCUCAUUUCUCUUGUUCCAUACGGAAAACUUUCUACCUCUUCGAAAAUACCAUACAACUUCCAGCUGAUUUUUUCAGGAUUUUUUUUUCCAAAAAGUGUACAAAUCACUCGUCUCGUCUCGUAGAUGCACUUGUAAGCAAGAUGCAUUCGAACUGUCUGUCAAAACUGAUCUACUUUCUAUAAAGUUGAAUCCUUUGAACGUUUUUACUUCUAUGUUCUAUACAUCCUUCAAAGUUGAAUCCUUUGUAUCAGCUCAAUUUUAGUUUUUUUUUUUUUUUUUUUUUUUUUUUUUUUUUUUUUUUGUUGCAACAUGUAGGAAUUUGAAGAUUUGGAUCUCCGACUUCAGCAGAGAGUACAUACCAAAUACGAUUCAGGGCUAUGUUCACUUCUCAAGCUCAAGCUCGAGCUCGGAGGAUAUCCAUAGCCACCUUUUCUUCUAUUCAUAUAUUUCUGCAACAGUAAGCUUUAAAGCUUUGCUACCAUCUUAAGAAUUAUUGUAUGGUGCAGUGAUUUAUCUUAAUGAAGAGGAGGACAAUGAAUAAUUAGCCAACCAACUAAACAGAAUGAUUAACAGUAAAGCUAACACCCCUGUUUAACAGCAACAUAUCCCUACUAUUACUUCACAAUUAAUGGCAUCCUCUUAAACUUAACUUUAGAAAACAAAGUCAUUAUAAAUAAACAGUCGAGUCAAGUCACCCAUGGUAUUAAAUUUCUGUCGAUAUGUUGAUAUUCCAUCAACAUUGAUAUUUCCAUUAAACUUAUUUUAUGCAAAAUUUAAUUUUAUUGAAACUCUCGAGUUUAGGAAGAUUUUUAUUAUUUUUAUUUUUGGUUAACAAUAGUAGGUGCAUUAGCGAAAAUUGAAUAAAAGGUAAAAAUUGUAUGUCUAAAGUGUAGAGUCCAAUUUGUUAAACUGAAGUCUAAGUUGAAAAUUAUUAUAAAUUGACAAGCUUAGGCGUAUAAAUAGACUUUUUUUUUUCUUCUCCAAAAAAGGAGGAAAAAUACAAAUUACCUGAAAGCUGCUUCAUGGCGGCCAACAAAUUGAAUCAGGUAACUCCAAUGUUGAAGUAGAAGCUGUUGUGAUCAUGCUGGUGGACUGCAGAAGGUUCGAAAAAUAGCUAUACAAGAAAGUUCAUGCUCGUGCUAUUUUGAAAUGACUUUUCAAGUACUUAAAAAUAUAGUGUUAAGUGCAAAAAAAAGUGGUUUUUACGCAUGUGGAAAGCAUUCGAAACAAGCCGUUCAUCUAGCUAAUUGAAUGAUCUCCCAGUGAACUGAUAUUGAUUUUGUUCCCAUAAAAAAGACUCGAUCUCACUCAAAUUGCUGACAAACUGAUUAAAGAUGGUACUGAUAAGAUCAUUAAAGACCUCUUUCAAAGGGACUACUACAGUUGCUUGAAUGAGAGUAAAAGAUUUCCUUGUGGAGUAAACUCCUUGAAGAACUUUGUCUAACAACAAGUACCUUAUAGAAACUGAAAAAUCUACAAACAAAUGUACUUGGCUAAAAUGAUAUCUAGGAUGAGCAAUACUUUGGUGCAUCUUGGAUUGCACCUAUCUCUUUACAAUUUACCUCAACCACAUAGCAGAAAAAACUCGGAAAAGAAAAAGAUGAGUUUGCCACCUGACAAACUGUGGUUGGACUAUUAAAUGAAUUGAAAAAAAAAAAAAAAAAAA